AUGGGCGCGGAGCCGGUUCACCUGCAGCUUCUGGGCAUAGGUUCGUCUGAAGGCGCCGGGCGGAGAGGCUGUGGGCGGUUGGAAGUGGCUGAAGCGGCCGCCUGGAGCCAGCAGCCGCGCACGACAGAGGGCGCACCCAUCCAGUCGGACGGCCAAGCGCGGGGUGCGAGCCAGUGCGCGAGAGGACGACAUCAGCCUGCCCGACGCGGUGCGGGUUCACGAUGGAUCGAGCGCGGUGAAGCGAUCCGCUUACUUCUCGGUGCAGCAAAGAGAGCCAUCAGCCGGACGCCUUUGCACCCAGGACGAGCAAGCGAGGCGCCAGAGGAAGUGGACAUUCCGACAGAGGAAGUGGUCAUCCCGGCAGACACGGUGGUCAUCGCGACAGACACGGCAGACAUCCCGACACACACGACACACACGACACACACCCCGACAGACACGACAGACACGACACACAUCCCGACAGACACUCCAGACAUCCCGACAGACACUCCAGACACCCCGACAGACACCCCGACAGACACUCCCGACACGGCCAUCAUGGUCACGACGCGCCGCGGCACCGAGACGCCCGGCAUGGCUGCGACGCCCGCGAGCUCGGCGAAGAAGGCGGCGGGCAAGCGGGAGCUGGACGCGCUGGACACGCCCACGCGGGUGAAGCGGCAGCGGAAGACGACAGUCGAGCUCACGCGGACGCUGCGGUCGACGCCGAGGAAAGGCUCGACGCAGGAACCAGCCGAGGAGGCCGUGGACGACACUGCAGACGACACUGCAGACGACGCGACGCCGCGGCCAGACAAGCCGAGUCCGCUCGCGAUCCGACGGCGGUCGAGCCCGCACGUCGUCGUCGAGCCCGCCCACGAUGCCUUCCACACGCCCGAGCCCGCGUCGUCCGAGGCCGCCUUUGUCACGCCCUUCACAAGCAAGAAGGGCCCCGAGGGCUCGCCGACGCCCAAGGCAGCCGACAGCGCGACGCCCGCCGCCGCAAACAAGGCGCGCGGCCGCCCGAAGAAGGCGCACAAGGACGACGCGCCUCCCCAAGCCCACGUCCGCUUCGGCAGCGCAGAGCCCGUCGCGAACAAAGAUGCCGCCGACGAAGACGAAGAUGCCGCUGACAAAGGCAAAGAUGUCGCCGACAAAGACGAAGACGCCGCCGACAAAGACGAAGAUGCUGCCGACAAAGACAAAGAUGACUCGGACGACGACUCGGGCGACGACUCGGGCGACGACUCGGACGAAGCGCCGGACAUGCUCAGCACCUCGCAGGCCGCCUCGCAGGCCGCCGCCGCACACGCCGACACGUCGCGCGCGCUCGCCGCACAGUCGGAGAAGGCGCGCAAGAAGCGCGAGGCCCGCCUGCAGCGCCUCGUCGACGAACAAGCCGCCAAGCGCAAGCGGGACGCGCUCAAGGCGCAAAGAGCCGCCGCCCGCGCAAAGAAAGCCGCACGUCUGUCCGCCGUCGCAGAGCCCGACGACGGCGGCGACAGCACACGACCGCCCGUGGACACGGACGCGGACGCGGACAUGGGCCGCGCGACCGCUCUGCCCUCGCUGCUCCCAGACGCCCUGCUCGCCACCCUCGGCGACGUGCGACCGCCCACCCCGCCGCCGCGCGAGUCCGCCGGCCGCACCGCCGAGGACCUGCGCCGCGCGAAGCUCAGCCACCACAUCAAGUUCCUGGAGCAGACCAGCAGAGCGCCCAAGGACAGGCGCGCGGGCAAGCACCACGUCGCCGUGCUGGCCGCCCAGAGCAGCGCCCUGCCGCCCAAAGUGAGCAGGAGCACAAAGGGCGUGCGCGAGGCCUGGCUAAAGGGCCGCCAGGGGUCGCUGGCCAAGGGGAGGCCGCGCGCGGGGAUGCACCGCGCCACCUUUGGCCGUCGUCCGUUUUCCAGCGACGAGUAG